CCAUCAGGCAGAAUAAACCCUUAACCCCCACUUGGAUAAGACAAAACCACUCCCAAGGGCCCCGUCUGUUCAAUAAAAGGCUCAGAAGUGACACAGGAAGGGCGGGGAUGCUCGACAAGGUGUUAUCAAGGCACCAGGCAGGCUCGGCAGGGUGGCAGUGCGAGGCCUGGUUCUCUCUGGUUCUGUGUCUGGUUCUGUGUCACGGUGCUCCUUCACGCCACUCCUGCAGGUGCUCCUCGAGUCUCAGGGCCUCUCGAGCGGGAUUUUCACAAGGGACACGCUGUCUUCUUCUCCUAGACAUGGCUUCGGAGAAACUCAAAGUGAUGGUUUUGGGAGGGUGUGGCUUUAUUGGCAGAUACAUAGUAGGUGAAUUAUUGGCCAAGAAUGUUGCAUCUACAGUUUGCGUUGUAGACAAGGUUCCACCCCAGAUUGCGUGGUUGAAUGAAGAGCAGAACAAGGUGUUCAAUGAUGAACGAGUGGUAUUCAAAAGUGCAAAUCUCAUUAAUACAGCAUCCUGUGAAGCAGUGUUUGCAGAGGAGGAGUGGGACUGGGUGAUAAAUGCAGCAGGGGAAACUAAGACAGGACAGGUUGAAGCCGUGUACCAUGAAGGAAUUGUUCGCCUUUCAACCAACUGUGCAAAUGAAGCAGCAAAGAGGAAGGUGAAAAUCUAUCUGGAGGUUUCAGCAGGAAACAUGGGGUCAGAUGAAAAGACUCCCCAGAAGGAGGCUGACGAUUGCCACCCAUGGACUAGCAUAGCCAAGAACAAACACCAGGUUGAGAAGGAGAUACAGAGCAUCCCUGACCUGAACUGGAUCAUUGUGCGUCCUGCCAUUGUAUAUGGCAAGUCUGACCGAACUGGCCUUACUCCUCGCCUUGUGUUUGGUGCUGUCUACCGUCACUUGGGUGAGAUGAUGAAGAUGAUGUGGGACGAGAACCUAGUCGUCAAUACUGUGCACGUUACUGAUGUUGCAAGAGCCAUUGUGUGGUUGUGCCAGCAAGGGAAGACUAAACAAGUCUAUAACAUUGUUGAUGAUGGUAAUACUAAGCAAGGAGACGUCAAUAAUAUUGUUUCAGAUAUAUUUAACAUCAAUCAUGACUACUGGGGCAACACUCUGUCAACCAUUGCAAAGACAGAUGCAGUGGGGCUUGUCAGUGAAAUCAAUGAGAAGCACCUGGUUCCUUGGGCUGCCAUUUGCUCAGCUGGUGGUCUAGACAACACUCCCCUCACCCCUUACAUUGACCAGAACUCGGUUCAUCCUAACCACCUGCACCUCGAUGGUUCAAAGCUACGUAAGGAGGGAUUCACAUUUUCCGUGCCAAAGCCUAGUCACGACAAUCUCAUGGAGAUAUUGAAAGAUUUCAUCGGCAUGAAGAUGUUCCCAGCCAAUGCUCUUCCAAGUCAGUAAUUGAGUUCAAGACUACCUUACAUAAAGAAUAUUUCAGGUGCAAAGGAAGCAGUGAGGUUGCAUUGCAAAUAAGAAGGGAGACAUGUGAAGAAAAUUAAGCUGAAAAAUCAUUGGCCUCUUCACCCAGUGAGCCGGAAAAAAAUUAUAGACAUGUUAUUGUUGUUAUGAUCCCCCCCCUCCCCCUCUUGGUCCAUGCUUAGAAUUGAACAUUAGCUAACAAUUUGUAGGACACCCCAGAAGCUCUCAUGAUUUCAAAGUCUUUCAAACAAAGGAAAAUAAGAGAAGACCAUGGUUAUUAGUCAGGGGCCUUUUAAGACAUACAAUGUCAGUGAUAGAGUUUAUUAGUUUAAAGGUUUUAUACAAAAUAUUAACUAAUCAAAUGAGAAAAUAAAUAAAGCAUUCAUUAGUAAGCAUAAGGCAAUUAGUGUGCUUGUAGUAUAAAAGUUUUUUUUUUCCUUUUCCCUCUCUCAUUUUUAUCUCUAAAAGUUUACAGUGGGAGAAGUGAAGUACAAUUUUCAUUACUAUCUAGAGUGAAUAGCUUUUACUUUUGCUGCUCUUACUAAAAAGGUUUUGGAUGCAGUGUUAACUGUGAAAAGAUAUCAAGUUAGGCACAGCAUUCAAGUUGUGAUUGUGACAGCAAAGGGAUAUCAAAACAAAUUCACUCUGACUUGCCUCUAUGCUGACUGUCACUCCUCUCUACUAAUCUCUCUUUUCUUUCUCUCUUCACUCUCUUUUUUUUUCCUUUCCUUCCUCUCUCUUCUCCCCUUCUUGCUUUCUCAUUCUCUGUUUAAUUCUCAUGAAACAAUUUUUGUUUAAUUUAAGUGUUCCAAAGAUGGUAAAUCCAGUGACAAAAAAAAAAAAAAAAAAAAAAAAAAUAUAUAUAUAUUUAUCAUCUGUGGUGCUUGGUUGGCUUUCAAUGUGCCAAUAGCAUUCUUAGUCUUUUUCAUAAGAGAAAAGAAGGAAGUACUGUCUUCAGAUGCCUUUUCUAUCUGUUAAUUACUACCAGAAGGCACAAGCAGGUUAAUCAACUUGUUUAUCAGCAUGGAGAACUAACUGUGACUAUUGAUUUUUCAUGUAAAUAAUCUGGGAACACUAACAAGUCUCACAUAAGGUCUGUUAUUAUCAGAGUUUUUCUGAGGGUAAUUUGACCAUUGCUCAAAGGUCACAAGAUAUUCAGUGCUAUGCCAUGCAGGGCCACAUUUUUUCUAUGACAUUCUCAUAAUACAUAAUAUGGAUAUUUUUUUAUGUUAACUUUCAUUGUUUCUUCUUUUUUUAUGUUCACUUGGUUUUGUGAAUUUCUGUGUAGUGCAAUAUGGUCAUUAUGUGCUCAUUAAAUUCAAUGACCCAUAUUUGUGGGUCAGUGAUCAGAAAGAUGGUUACUGAUGAAUAUGAGAAGAAGACUCUUUUCAUUGUCAGUUAUUGUUGAAAUAAUCCAAAUGUUAUACCCUGUUGGAUGCUUAAAAAAUAUGUUAGAAUUGAAUGUGUUAUAUAUGUUUACUGAAGUCUGAAGCAGAGAGUCAACUAAGAAAAUACAUUCCAUUUAAUGUGAAACAUGAAAGUAUAUUCAAAAGAACAUUUUCAGUGUUAUAACAAAAGGAAUUUAACUUUGCAUAUGUUUCCAAGUACACAGGACUCUCCAAAUAUUUCUUGAGUUCACUGUGAAUUGAAACAGGGACAUCAGUUGUCAGAUUAUAAGAAAAGUUAAUAGCCAUUAGUCCAAGAAUUAAGAAUGUAAUGAAAAGAACAGUAAUUAGUUUGUUUGUUUUUCUUUUUAAGCAAACACUCCAAUAUAAUGUAGGUAAGCAUAGAUGGUUAAUAGAGUAAUGGCUAAUGGCCUAUUUGGAAUUCUUAUUUUGCUGUGCUUAAAAUUGCUUAGGGUUCAUUUCCUUCUUAAAACAGGCUUACAGUAAUCUUGUAUGGAUAUUGUAAUCUUUCAAGAAAAUGAAGUUUUUGUAUUAUGCCUAUUUCCAUUCACCUAAGACGGUGUGUUUGGUUAUGUCUUUCCGUUACCUUUCUCUCUCUCUCUCUCUCUCUCUCUCUCUCUCUCUCUCUCUCUCUCUCUCUCUCUCUCUCUCUCUCUCUCUCUCUCUCUCUCUCUCUCUCUCUCUCUCUCUCUCUCUCUCUCUCUCUCUCUCUCUCUCUCUCUCUCUCUCUCUCUCUCUCUCUCUCUCUCUCUCUCUCUCUCUCUCUCUCUCUCUUUUUCUCUCCAAAAGGAAUUUGUUCAGACAGGUUUCAUUAAUCAUUUGUACUAGAGACUACCACAUUUGAUUCAGCCUUAUUUAGUCAGUAAUUUUUAAAAACAUGUAGUAAGUGGUAGUCAUUCUAAGUCCAUAAUCGAGAACAAAAAAGACGAGACAGGCUUAUUAAUAAGUGAUAUUGGUUGACUUUCUGUGGAGACAACAUGCUUUUGCUCAUUUCCAUUUGAGCACAUACCAAUGUAAUAAUUAGUAAAGUAAUGUUACCAUUCCUAUUUGUGGUUAAGUGUAGCUAGGUGUUUCAAACAUUCUAUAAACAUUGACAUAUUUGUUGAAAAUCUUUAAUACCUUUAAUGUGUUUAAUUGCAUCUUAGCUCUGUUAACUGGUUUGUGAGUGUCAAGUCAGGUAAAUCCAAGAUGAAUUAUGUUAAGAGAAGUGAAAAGAAACGUAAUCACUUUUUUUUUUUUUCUUUCUUU